AUGGUUUUCGCCAAGAUCUACACAUACCCUGGAAACUACCGGGUCCAGCGCGUCAAGGUCGCUGCCGAGCUCAAUGGCCUCGAGGUCGUCGAUGCUGAGGGCUUCAAGAUGGGCGUGACCAACAGGGAGCCCGAGUUCCUCGCCAAGUUCCCCCAGGGCAAGGUCCCCGCCCUCGAGACUCCUGACGGCUUCUGCCUCGCCGAGAACAUCGCCAUCUGCCGGUUCAUCGCUGACAGCGGCCCCGCUGCCGACCAGCUCAACGGCGCCGACGUCCGCACCAAGGCCCAGAUCAACGAGUGGGUUGCCUUUUGCGAGGCCCACAUCGCUGUCCCCAUGAACUUUGUCGCUGGCGUCACUGUUUACAAGUAUAUUCCUCAAGAGGAGGGUACUUUCAACAUGAUGGUCGCUCAGUUUGAGAAGGGAGUCCAGCGGGUGGAGGCUGCUCUUGCCGGCGGCAAGGAGUACCUGGUCGGUGAGCAGGUCACCCUCGCCGAUAUCAUGGUUUUCGGCGCUCUCUCUUUUUCUCUCAGCUUCCUGUUUGACGAGGAGAAGCGAAGCAAGGUGCCCGGGACUGUCCGAUACCUCAAGGCGCUGUCUGAGCAACCUGCUUUUAAGAACGCCUUUGGGGAGCUGAAGAUUUGA